AUGUUCACAAGCUAAAAUCGGUGCAAUUUUUAAAAACAUAUACUACUACAUAUUUUCAUUUAGUAAAUGAAAAAAAAAAGAUUUAUUUAAACAAGGCAAAGAAAAAAAAAAGAUUUAUUUAAACAAGGCAAAGAAAGGAAUUUUGCAGGGGUCAGCUUCUUGUUAAUGACGAAGUCCGCCGACACCACAAAACGAAUGGGGGAUUUCAGAUCCAAAUCGUACAAGAACGAGCAGCUCGACAACACGUACGGCUAUUACGGCACCAAUUUCGGCGACAGCAAUGCCAAUUUCAAGCCGAAUUCAAACCCUAGCGGGAUGCAAGAUCUGAGGUGCUACAGCGCAUCGUACGCCUCCUCCUCCGCGCAGAGGAAUGGCCAGCUCGACAUCGUCGGGGCUGGCGGCGGCGGAGAGCAGUGGAAGUUCAAAAAGGGGAAGUCAACGAAUGGGGCUGAUGCGAGAAGCAGGACUCUGGCUGAUCCGGAGCUGCAGAGGAAGAAGAGAGUUGCUAGCUACAAGGCUUAUACGGUUGAGGGGAAAGUGAAGGGAUCGUUUAAGAAGAGUUUUAGGUGGAUCAAAGAGAGGUAUACUCUCAUGGUCUAUGGCUAUAGGUGAAUGUAUUCAUCUAUUUCUCUCUCUCUCUAUAUAUAUAUAUAUAUAUAUAGGGAGAUAAUCAAAAUAAGUAUGUGUUUAAAUCCAGAAAUGCAGACCAAAUCUUGGCCCUUGGAUUAGAUGAUCUAAUGGUCAAU